GGGCUAAUGCAUCCACGCCCAGCAGUGCGCCUGAUGUCUCAGACAAGGAUGUGUAUGGCCCGCUCGACGAAUGUCUGAAGGAGCUGGGUACCAAACAGAACAAGGACCUCUGGGUGACCCUGGAUAUAAAAAUUAAGACCCCCGAUCAGGAAAUAGCGAAGGCUGGAGAAGCAGAGGAAGUGUGUCUACGCGAAGUGAUUCAAAGUCGAUAUAUUUUGAUGAACGAUGUAGUGUUUGUGUGUGAUUUACACUCACCGAUCAUAGUGCACACUCAACCCAAAGCCACCUUCUCCAGGAAGAGAGCGUCGAAUAUGUUGGCAUUUGAUCGUAUCUCAUGA